AUGGCCAAAGAUUCCGCGGAGAAAGACUUGCUUCUCAUCGUGGCCGCGUCAGGUAAAUUGGGCUUCGCCACGCUCAAUGCGCUCCUGGAUCGCCAACUGCUACCUGCAUCCCAGAUCGUAUGCACGACAUCUUCCGAACAGGGAGAAAAGAAGCUCGCUGCUGCUGUUCAGCAAGGGGUCCAGGUUCGCCGCGCCACCUUCGAUGACAGCAUAGAGACAUGGACGUCGACUUUGCAUCACUGCACGAAGCUUUUUCUGAUCUCUAGUCCGCGGGGCGAAAAGGAUUAUGGCGAUGCUCCUGACGGCGAAGGGCGAGAGACAGACCACUUUCUGGUUCUAGAAGCAGCCAAACGUGCUGGAGUACAACACGUGUAUUACACCAGCCUCGCAUUUGCCAACCCAAGUCUCAGUCGAGUUAUGAAGGCACACGAGCGCACCGAGGUCUGGCUACAGCGGAACAGUGAGCACAUGGACUUCACCAUACUUCGCGAGGGUCUGUACAGCGAGAGCUGGCCGUUGCACCUCGGAUAUUACGACCUCAAGAACGACGAUCGAUCUGAAUUGCUCGUGGCAGGCGAUGGCCAGAUCAGCUGGACCAGUAUUCCGGACCUCGGCCUGGCGAAUGCUGUCAUCCUGACCGCGCCAAGGAAUGAAUGGCUGGGCAAAACAUGUUACCUCACGCGCAGUGUAACCUGUUCGUUGAGUGAUGUCGCGAACAUGGUCUCCAGCGCGGUAGGUCGAGAGAUCAAGCUCAAAGUGACCUCCCGUGACGAGUACGAGAGGUACUAUGAGCACGAGAGGGGUAUCGAUCAUGGAAUGGUUACCUGGUGGAGUAAGACGUAUGACGCGCUCAAAUUGAAAGAAUGCGAAGUAAGGGAUCCGACAUUGGAACGGCUUCUCCAGAGUUUUGAUGUCAAACCCGAAGACAUUCGCGAGACAGUGCGCAAAAUGCUCACCAAGAAGUAA